AUGAAGCACCUGAUCCUCCUCGUCUUCCACUUGGCCCUAGUUUUUGGUGGCGGGGUCUGGUACGGACCGUGGAAGAAGGCCGGGAUUGACAAAGACGACGCGGAACUGGGAGUGCAAGAACGCGCCAGUCCAGGAGCGAGCAACCGGAAGCUGAAGGACAAUUCCGGGCCCGUGUAUUCCGGUGAGACCGGGGGAGUCGGUGAAGGUGGAGAAGCUGGUCAAGCCGACGAACCUAUCGCGCUCGGCGCGCAUGAGUGCGACUCACAUUCCGAAUGCAAGGAGGGGGACUAUUGUCAUACGGAGUGUCAUGAGAAGCGUUGCAUCGGAACGUGUGGGAGGAAACCGGAGAUGGCUGCUGGGGAUCCGCACGGUCACGUCACAAACCAAAAGCCGUUUGAACCACUGGAAGGAUUCGAUGGGAAAUGCUGGGGUGGCGAAAAUUGCCCAGAGAAGACGUUCUGCGAUCGCCGCUACCCGGCCCGCUGCCUCAAGGCGGAGCCCUGCUGGAAUUGCGUCAGGAUCAAGCCGGAGGGAAGGAACCCAUGCUGGACGAAUUGGGACUGUUCGGAGACGCAAUUCUGCCCGGUUACCCUCCCUAGCUACAGCUGCAGCUCGGUCCAUCUUUGCCCCAGCAAUUGCAGGGAUCGCCCGAAAGCCGAAGCCAGGCAU